AUAAAGAAAGCAAAAGCUCUUUAAUGGAUUCCAGAGUCUUGAGUCUUGUGCUCUUUCUUUGUUAAGCAAUUGACCAUCUUUCUUUUCUUUUAUUUUCUUUUCUCUCCUUUCCUUUCUUUUCCUUUCCAACAAACAACAAAGACAAACACUAGCCCACCUAACUACACCCUCUUUCAAAUUAAUCUCAAAGGUCCCUUCUUUACUAUUUCCAUUUUCAUUUUAAUUUAAAAAAUCUCAAUAAAGAGACAAACUCAUCAAUGCUAAUCAAAAUCUCUUCUUUUUCAUCGCAUAAUAACUAAAAAACAAAUCUCUUCCUCAUUCCCUAUCUCUUUUACUCUCUCUGAAGCUUAAUUACUUGUGAUUUUCCUUUUCUUUCUGUUUGUUUCUCUGUAAAAUCAUGCCUGUUUUUGCAGAGAGUUCAUCCACUAUAGCAGACCAAAUCAAGCUAAGAAAACCCAGAAACCAAUUCCAUCACCAUCAUCAGCAAGAAGAAAAUCCCAUUUCUAUACAAGAAACAGAUCCAAACCCACAUAUCUCUCGCUCCUCCAAAUCCACAAUCUCCUCUAUUUUCCUUUCCCCUUUCUCCACAAACACCGCUGAGCCCACCACCAAGAAAAAGAGCACCACAUUCAGAGGUUUAGGAUGCACCGCUGGGGCCGCGCAGCAAGUGUCGGUGCCGGCGAUGAUACGGUCAUCGGCGGAGUGGGAGGGGAAGAGGCUGAAGAAGAAAAAUAAUCUGCAGCGGCAGAAAAGGAAGAAAGACAAUAUAAGGAUUUGCGGUGAGAGUAACAAACCAAGCUUGCAGGGUCUGGGUGAAGGGAGCAACAGCAAUGGAAACAGCGACAACAAUGGGAAUAGUGGGAGUUUGAAUCCUGGGAGUUGUUUGGUUAUUCAGGAUGUGUGGUGUGGCCCUGGAAUUGGGUUUUCUUCGGAUGCUGUUGUUGGGUCUGUGGAUUGUGUUGUGGGGAGGAGAAAUGCGUCUGGGAGAGGGAAGAUUGAUGGGGACAACAACAAAAUCAAUCAAAGGGAGAGGGAGCGCUCUGCAUAUUUAGGGAGGCGGGCCACAGUGAAUCCUGAAACUCUUCCUUUUCUGGAUACGGACCCUGCUUUUGUAGCAUCUUACCCUGAAUCUGAAGUCUUUGGAAGUAGAUAUUACCGGCAUGUUCGGCAUCCUUCUCCUGAUGGUUUAGCUGAGAUAAUGAUGCUCCAGAAUAGUUUUAUGAUGGGAGGAAGGUUGGAUAGAUAUAGCGACUGGAGGCUCGAUAUCGAUCACAUGUCAUAUGAGCAACUGCUGGAGUUAGGUGAGAGAAUUGGUCAUGUGAGUACUGGACUGAAAGAAGAUGAAAUGAGCCAAUGUGUCAGGAAAAUGAAGCUCUCAAUUAUCAACGACCUUUCAUCACAUUUACCCAUAAUACCGGAUAAGAACUGCAGCAUUUGUCAGGAGGAUUAUGAAGCAGAUGAUGAGCUGGGGAAGCUGGAUUGUGGACAUGGCUUUCACAUGCAAUGUAUAAAGCAAUGGCUUGCACAGAAAAAUAUUUGCCCGGUUUGCAAGACUGAACCGGUGGCUCGAGGAUAAAGCCGGUGUUCUUUCAUUAUCGUCUUGGAUGUAGUUCUUUCAGAUUGCUGCUGCUCUUUAGUCCUCUCCUCGUCUCCCAACAUGGUGUAUAGAUUUUACCAGUAUACAUAAUCUGAAUUCAUUCAUUGGUGUGAAGCUUCAAAUUUUUGAGUUGAAAUGAUAGGGGUCCGGACGAUUUAGCAGUUCAUGCUUAUUGAAAUUAUAGUACUGGAAUUUUUAUGGAAAUGAUUUAUUUUGAUAUUCAGUUGAAUGGAAUAUAUUCUCAAUUCUGUGAUC